AUGUACGAACUAUUUCUCACUGCAUUGAUUGAGGAGAAGGAUUUCAAUGCAGCAUGCUCUGUGCUAAGUGGCUUCUGUGCCAUGUCUCCCUGGGAGACUCUCAACAGGGUGCUCUACUUGCAAGGCCCCCCUAGACCCAGCGGUAUCACGAAUCAGUCAUCCAUUGAGAAGCCUCUACGAAAAGAUACGGCAUUGCUAUGGAAAGAGCUCCAUCAAAGCCUCAGCCGCCAGUCGUGUAUUCUUCAAGUUAGAUACGAGGUUGUAAAAGAUCGAGACCUGGGACCCUCCUCAGCACCAAUGGAUUUGGACGGCAUGCCUGGCGUAUUGCGAUGGGCAGACUUCCCAGACCCUCCCCAUGGAAGACCAUGGCUCAGUCAGAGAAAAAUGGUGGAAAUAUGGGAGCAGAAGAAGCUUCUACCAAUUAUGCGGGAUAACAAUUAUAGAUUCAAAACCGAAAUCCUCGAAGAAAACUACAGGUUCUUUCGAGAAGAAGUAGAGUUUUGUCUUAGUAGGCAGUAUUUCCUGAGACCGCUUGGCGACUACGCGCCGUUGGAGUCUAGAGGUGGCCAGCAACCGAGCCCGAGCCCCAUUACAUCACUACCAGCCUGGGAUGAUGUAACCCCAGUCGACAUGCAAAAUCGCUGGAUUCUCCUCGUCAAAUCUCACGUUGUUCAAGACAACAAGCCAGACGACAUCAGAAUAGCCCAAGACCAAUUACUGUCCAUUCGGGGAGAGUUAGAGGGGGCAUUUGACUUUAAGACAUUUGAUCGCAAGGUUCAUGAUACGCGGAUAGCUCAACAGCAACAAGGGAUUCAAGCCUUGCCCCAGAAAGUUAUUCUAGGCAAGACUUGA